CCCCCGCGCCCGCCCGACCAUGGGGGCGGCGGCGCCGCUGCGCUCGGAGCUGUGGGUGCGGCGGCAGCGCUGCGCCGUGAGCCUGGAGCCCGCGCGGGCGCAGCUGCGCUGGUGGCGGAGCCCGGGGCCCGGGGGCGCGCCCGGCGCGGACGCCUGCUGCAUCCCCGUGUCCGAGAUCAUCACCGUGGAGGAGGUGGACAGGACGCCCCACAUGGGCGGGAAGUGGCAGAAAAUGGAGAGGCCCUACGCCUUCACAGUGCACUGUGUGAAGAGGCGGCGGCGGCGGCACCACUGGAAGUGGGCGCAGGUGACCUUCAGCUGCGCGGAGGAGCCGCUGUGCCAGCUGUGGCUGCAGGCGCUGAGGGAGCAGCUGGAGAAGCUGACCUGCAGGCCCAAGCACCUGCUGGUCUUCAUCAACCCGUUUGGAGGGAAGGGCCGAGGCAAGAAGGUGUACGAGAGGAAGGUGGCGCCCCUCUUCCUGCUGGCCUCCAUCAGCACCGACGUGAUCGUGACCGACCAGCCCAACCACGCCCGGGACACGCUGUACGAGACCAACCUGGAGAAGUACGAUGGGCUGGUGUGUGUCGGUGGGGACGGCAUGUUCAAUGAGCUCCUGCACGGCCUCAUCAGCAGGACACAGCGCAGCGCGGGCGUGGACCAGGACGACCCCCGGGCGGCUCUGGUGCCCAGCCCCCUGAGGAUAGGCAUCAUCCCAGCCGGGUCGACCGACUGCGUGUGCUUUUCAACGGUGGGCACCAACGAUGCGGAGACGUCGGCUCUGCACAUCAUCGUGGGGGACUCGCUGUCCAUGGACGUGUCCUCGGUGCACCACGAGCACCGGCUACUGCGCUACUCCGCGUCCCUGCUGGGCUUCGGCUUCUACGGGGACGUCAUCCGGGACAGCGAGAAGAAGCGCUGGAUGGGCCCCGUCAGAUACGAGUUCUCAGGGUUCAAGACCUUCUUCACGCACCACUGCUACGAAGGCACUGUGUCGUUCCUGCCGGCACAGCACACGGUGGGGUCUCCGCGGGACGGGAAGCCCUGCCGGGCCGGGUGCUUCAUUUGCCGGCAGAGCAAGCAGCAGCUGGAGGAGGAGCAGAAGAAGGCGCUCUACGGGCUGGAGAACGCGGAGGACCUGGAGGAGUGGAAGGUCAUCUGCGGCAAGUUCCUGGCCAUCAACGCCACCAACAUGUCCUGUGCAUGUCCCCGGAGCUCCCAGGGCCUGUCCCCGUCGGCCCACCUGGGGGACGGCUCGUCAGACCUCAUCCUCAUCCGCAAGUGCUCCCGGCUGGACUUCCUCCGCUUCCUCAUCAGGCUCACCAACCACUCGGACCAGUUUGACUUCACGUUCGUGGAAGUUCACCGCGUGAAGCGCUUCCAGUUCACGGCGAAGCCCCCGGAGGAGGAGGCGGCGGCGGCGGAGCCGGACGCGGGGGCCCAGAGGAAGGGCCUGGGGCACAUCUGCAGUGAGCAGCCCCCCGAAUGCUGCGCGCAGCCCCCCAGCUCCUGGAACUGUGACGGGGAGGUGCUGAGCAGCCCCCAGCUGGAGGUCAGGGUCCACUGCCAGCUGGUUCGACUCUUCGCCCGCGGGAUCGAGGAGAGCGGGAGGCCGGGCCCCUGUGGCUGAGCCGGGCCUCGGGACACCCCCGGGCCGG